AUGGACCACAUGCUCGCAAAAAAGCGGCUCCUCGCCACGCCCAGGCCCAAGCCCCGUAAAGGGCCUUGGAGCUUCGAGGCCCAGCUAUGGGGCUUGCUGCAAACGGUGCCUUCUCCGGAGCGGAAGGAGCUCCUACAGCACCUAUCCGAAAGUCAGCGUCGGGCACUGGAGCGCUGGGCUCUCCAAGCAAAGGCUGCAGCUCCUCCGGAGCUUGGGGCGGUGCCAGCUGAAUGCCCAGCUGAGGGCGAGAGAGCCCGCAGAGCUCGGCGUAGGGUGAAGGCUGCUGCUUCCAUGGAGCCCAAAGCAGCCGUAGCCCGGUGCCUGAGUGAGGGCAAGACAGCCUGCAAGUCAAAAGCAGGCAUCCCCUUCGUAUGCAGCCAUCGUGGCAGGGGAUCGCUUCGCUUCGAUGCGCGGGUCUCCUGCUGGCCUUUCCUGCUAAUCACAAAGAGGUCCGCCCACCUGCCCACGGUUCUAAGCCAGCGGGAAAUACUGCUGGCAGUGCAGCACCGCUUCUUGCAGUCGCAGGAUGCCGAGGCCUCCUGGCAGGCGGGAAUCGGCACCCACGAGAUGCAGAAGCUGAAGUGGCAGCGCUUCGUCCGUGCUGUUUCGGCAGAGUUCGAAGCUCGGCAGAUGAGUCUGACCUCCGACUGUGGGAUUCGCUUUGAGGCUUCUGUCCCGGCCAACUUCUUGCUUGGAAAGAGACUUCAGACUCCCCACUUCGCUGUUUCAGAAGCUGGGCUGCAAAAAGGCUACGAGGCCUGGCAGUCCUUGUACUCCGUGCACUCACGCAGCCUUGCAGAAGGAGUGCGAGGCCGCACGAAUCGCUUCUCGGCGGUUGCCUACAGUGCAGAAGGCCUUCAGGAAGCUUGGCAGAAGGUCCGGAAGUCCUAUGCGCAAUUGUGGCAGGCAGCUGGAUACAGUGCCAAGCGCUUGGAGGCGAAAUUGGCCCUCUUGGAGCAACGCUUCCUGAAGGUCCACUCGAAGAAGCGGACGCAGAAGAUCUCUCAGCUGGAUGGCCCGGCUGUGGAUCAAAAGGACAUGAUGCGGAUGCUGUCAAAUCCAGCAGUAGCAGCUGCCCUGCAGGCCAAGGCAGCCCCUGCGCCUGCUGCCACCAAGUCAAAGGUGGAGGUGCGAGUGCGCGAGGCUGGUGAUGAGGCAGGCGCCUAUCGCCGCGUUGUUCUUCCAGUGGAGGGUCCAGGUGCAAGUGCCCCAACAUUUGCACAGGUUGAAAGCCGAGUGGCGGAGAAGUUUGCAUCCAAGCGGGAUGCAGCCGGAAAAGAGGAUCGGCAAGAAGUCCACCUGGGCCUUUCGGAUGCUGUUGGCAAUGUUUACACAUUUUCUGAGUGGUUCGGUUGUCUUCUAGCUGCAGGGGGAGUUUGGUUCACGAGGGUGACUGGCGAUCCACAGGCCUUUGACCCAGCCCUGCGCUUCCUGUACGGAGGGGUUCACUACGAGGGUGCGGUGAAGACGCUGGGGGCCUAG